AAGCGUCGCAGAAGAGUUCCGCUCUGCCGUAAGCUAUUGUUUUCAAAGACAAAAUGGGCAAAUUUUGCAGUUUUCAAGUAUAGUAUGCGCUCUUAGCUAUCAUUAAUUUUACGUUUUCAAUGGAGUAUGGCUUCGUUGACUGUCACUGUCAUAUAUCAGCCUUGGAGUUUGCAGAGGAUCUAGAGGAUGUGAUCCAAAGGACCAGGGAGGCUGGGGUAAAGACUUUAGUUGCAGUUACAGAAGAAGUCAGUGAGUUUGACAUAGUUCUCCAGCUGCAGGAACGUUAUCCAGAUGUGGUGGCCCCAUGUUUCGGCAUCCAUCCGCUGCAGGGUGACGAGGGCCCCGCACAGCGCAGCGUGAAGCCUCAGGAGCUGGAUGCUGCCCUUCCACAAUUCUUCAAACACAGGGAACGCCUCGUCGCUAUCGGAGAGAUUGGUUUGGACUUCACGCCGUGGUGUGCUCCCACUCAGCAGGACCGAGACGGCCAGAUGGAUGUCUUCAUUAAGCAGCUAAACAUCGCUAAGGAGCUUGACCUGCCUGUGAACGUCCACUCACGAUCAGCGGCUAAGGUCGUCAUAGCGACCAUGAGAGAACAAGGCGUCAGUCGGGCUCUGCUUCAUAACUUUGCGGGGAAACCGUCGGUAGCUCUGGAGGGCGUGAAGGCUGGAUUCCUCUUCUCCUUUCCCCCUGCUGUCUGCAGGAACCACCAGAGAGACACACUGAUCAAGCAGAUCCCGCUGGAACACAUCUGUCUCGAAACGGACUCUCCCGCACUGGGGCUCGACAAGCACGUGAGGAACGAGCCCUGUAACAUUGUUCUGUCCUGCCGGUACAUCGCUGACGUCAAAGGUCUGUCUUCUGAAACUGUUCGGCUCGUCACCGGGCAGAAUGCACACAGACUUUUCCCCAAAGUUGACGCUCACGUGCCGUACACAUGUUUCUGAAAUGCAAUGUUUGGCCUGAGGGUGGCGCCAGACGCAACUUAAAGAUAUUAGCUUAACCCUUGUGUUGUCCUUCGGGUCCCAGAGACCAUCC